AUGUUCCGGCAGUUCCAGGCCUCCUGUCUUGUCCUGUUGUUCCUGGUUGGCUUUGCUCAGCAGACCCUAAAGCCUCAAAGUAGGAAGGUGGAUUGCAACAAAGGGGUGACAGGCACCAUCUAUGAGUAUGGAGCCCUCACCAACGGCGAGGAGUACAUCCAGUUCAAGCAGUUUGCAGGCAAGCACGUCCUGUUUGUCAAUGUGGCCACCUAUUGAGGCUUGGCAGCUCAGUACCCUGAACUGAAUGCACUACAGGAGGAGCUGAAGAAUUUUGGUGUCAUUGUGUUGGCCUUUCCCUGCAACCAGUUUGGAAAACGAGAACCAGGAACAAACUCAGAAAUACUUCUUGGUCUCAAGUAUGUGCGUCCAGGUACUGGCUUUGUCCCCAAUUUCCAGCUCUUUGAGAAAGGGGAUGUGAAUGGAGAAAAAGAACAGAAGGUCUUUACUUUCCUGAAGAACUCCUGCCCUCCGACCUCUGAUCUUUUGGGCUCAUCAAGCCAACUCUUCUGGGAGCCCAUGAAGGUCCAUGAUAUCCACUGGAACUUUGAGAAAUUUCUGGUGGGGCCUGAUGGAGUCCCUGUCAUGUGCUGGUUCCACCAGGCUCCAGUUAGCACAGUCAAGUCAGACAUCCUGGAGUACCUAAAGCAGUUCAGUACCCACUAG